AUGGCAGCCGUGUUUCUAGUUACGUUGUAUGAAUAUUCUCAAUUAUUUUACAUUAGUGUCAUAUCGUUAUGUUUCGUUGUUACCGCCGCCAUGGUUCGCUGCUGUUAGGUUCCUGUCAAAUUGCCUUAUGACAACAACAACAUUAGGCUGUUAUUAUUGAAUGAAAGUCUUAUUUUAGCCUACAAAUCAAGUUGCUAGCUAUCUGUGCCUACAUUAAGCAAUCGGUCCUGUUUAUAUUUUGUUCAGUAAAGCCCAACUUCUCAUGUGUUUUUUGUUGUAAUAAAGAUUGCAAACGGCGUUGAUCAUUUCACAUCACGGCAUUGCUACAUUGACACUUCACGUGACAGCAUACAGAGUGAUACAAUGUUGCUAUGUUAGGGACGCGAACAUUUUAUUUAUUAGGAUCCCCAUUAGCCGAAGCCAAUGGCGACAUCUAGUCUUAUUAGGGUCCAACACAUAACGAAAAAGAUAUUACAGACAAAAUACUUUACAAUGUACAUACAUUUAAGAACAUUCACAUGUAGUGUGCGUGUGCAUCUAUCAGUUACACAUACAUGUCAGUACAUACACACAACAAGUAGAAUGAAACUUUGUAGCGUUGGAUAAACGGUUAGUGCUAUCCGGGAACCCUGGGACGGUCCUUACCCUAACUAUAACCCUUACCUAACCUUAACCUUAAGUAAACUUCAAUGGGGUAAAGUCAGAGUUGGGAUGUCCCAGGACCCUGGAUAGCAUGGUCCUGGCAUUCGGGAAAGUUAAUCAAAGUAUCAUUGCUUCAGAAAAAAAUACAGUAUCUGGUAUUGUAUUUACUGAAACAUUCACUGUUCUGCGCAGUUUAGUAAUUUUCAAUGUUCUACACACAUUUCUUUACAUCAUUAGGUAGGCUAUUAGAAAGCUUUAUUUAAAAUCAGAAAUUGUUUUAUAAAUCAAUUUGGUGUGCAUGCAAUAUCAAGUUGUUAUACUGUAGGCUACUUCAAUAAUCUUGUCUGAUCUCUUACACACACAACAUAAUUAAAUAUUCAAAUUUUCUGUCCUAUGUUCCACCUCAUCUCCCAUAGGUUUGGUUUCAUUAUCCCAGUGAUUCUCUGCAUCUCUGAUGAGUGAGUCAGUCUUGCCUGCCCCAGAGAAGAGGAUGGUUCAGGUACCAACCCCUUUGCCAUGGAGAUGGGGCCCUCUGGGAUGGCCUCUGUGACUGGUGAGAGAGCAUGCAAAGACAGUUAUUAUGCAACAAACCACACAUAGGGCCAGUUUCUGGGACCCAGAUUAAGCCUCCAGGGCCUAAAAGCUAUUUCAAUGGAGAUUUCGGGAAAAUGACCUGUAUAGCAUAGUGUGUUGUAUUAGGCCUUUGCCCAUUCUAUGUUAUAGGUGUGCCGCCAUGAAUGAUGCAUGAAUGUAGAUUGUAUUGCAUAAUAUACCACAUUUUCUUAUUGAAUGGUUAACCAGGGAAAAAUACAACUAGUACUGCAUCCAUGCCAAUUUCCCCAACCCCAUCUGACUUCCACUUUGAAUCAUUCAUUGUUUUCCUUUUUCCAGAGGGUGUGUCCCUGCUUCCAUGCUGCCUGUAGCCUUGUGUGCAGAACUGUUACUGGGGUUGUGGUGUCCAUGCCUUACAGGGGGCGCUACAGACCCACCAACACGGCCCCAGUAAACUCGGCACGCCACAUCUGUUCCAGGAAGCUCUGCACUUCCAGUACCACCGCUGCCAAAGCUUCCAGUAUCCUUCUCACAGGCGAUAAUCUGAUAAUCGUAUAAUCUGUGUCAUUGUUGUUAGUAUAAAUACAUGUUUUGUAUAUGUGAUGGUCCUAUGUGUUCGUUAUGUUUACUCUUAUUAUUAUCUAUCCUGUUGCCUAGUCACUUUACCCUGUCUUUAUGUAUAUACAGUAUCUAACUCAAAUACCUCAUACCCCUGCACAUUGAUCUGGUACUGGUACUCCCUGUAUAUAGUUUAAUCCUUGUGUAUUUUAUUCCUCUUGUGUUACUUUAUUAUUAUUAUUUUUUACUCUGCAUCGUUGGGAAGGGCUUGUAAGCAAGCAUUUCACCAUAAAGUCUACACCCCUUGUAUUCAGCGCAUGUGACAAAUAACAUUUGAUAUUCAGGUUCUAGAAUAUAUUAUUUGCUAAUGUUUGUCUUUUAUGACAUAUUGCAUAUUAAUGCACGUUUCAUUGAUGUAAGAUAUGUCAUGAUAUUUAAUCAUCAUGAUAUUUAGUUGUAACGUUAAGAUUGAGGAUAGAUGGAUGGAGUACAUGCAAGGCUAAAAUUGCAUGUCUUUCAGUUCAGUUUCACCAUGCAUGUAUUUUACCACUUAACCAAAGCCCCAGUAUCGGUGGAGAGGACAGAGAGGAGCAUUAUACCAAGAUGCCAGCCGAUCUGGGGAUCACUGAUUUCGGCCUUUUGCCACGGGAACGCUACCCCCUAGUGGCUCUCCUCACGCUGGCCGAGCCUGAAGCAAGGGACACGUACAAUAUUGUUAAUAUGACUGUCAUGGUAAUACUUGGAACAUCAUCACAUGGGGCCAGUUUCGUGGACACAGAUUAGGCCUAGGCCUAGAACAUGCUCAAUGGAGAAUUCCCACUGAAAGUGCUUUUUAGUCCAGGACCAAACUGUGUCCGGGAAACCGGCCCAUGAAGUCCAAUCACUUCAAUGUGUAUAAACCUAGGGGUAAUGAUGCAAUCCACAUCCCGAUACAAGGUGUGUUCAUUAGGUUUAAAUUACCAUUUUGGCGUGGGCGUAGUCCUAGACGUGACACUCAUUAUCCCUCAUUGUUCCUCUCGCUCAGGUCGCCAGUGGUUCAUGUUCCAGAUGACAAAUACAGCCUGUCGGCACGGAUCCUGUUUCAUUAUCUCAUUUUUACAUUAACUGCACAAGGGAACAUGUAUGAGUUAAAGGUACGGCUUUAUUUUUGUAUUCAUCAUUUAUUUAUCCAGUCCAUUGACAUAGCAGAAAUGUCUUGAUCAAAGUAAUGGGCAAGGGCUCAGUGAGAUUACAGUAGCCUAGCAUGAUUUUAUUCAGAUCUUUGUGUUCCGAUAUCCAUACUAGCGUACCAUUUAGAAUGCAGGCCAAAAUACCAAUACAUUGCUUCCUAAGUGGUAUGCUAUUGUAGAUAUUGGAACAGACUGUUCGCUGUUAAGAGCAAGUCUGAUGCUGGCAGAUGACAUCCUUAUAAAUGCAAUGUUACCUGUUGUCUGUUUCCUCCUCCAGCCACUCUUUAUGUCAGCCGAGAGCAAGGGGUUGCCGGGGGCGAUUGAUCCCGACCCCGCCCCUAGCACAGAGGCACCACCAGAAACACAGGAAGGAGAACCCAGAAUGGAGGAAGAGGAGAAGAUGCCAGGAAUGGAAGAUGAAGAGGAGGAUUGGUCAGAGGAGGGAAAAGGCAAAGACUGUGUGGUGUGUCAGAAUGCACCUGUUAACCGCCUGUGUGUGUGUGACGGCUGUGUCCAUCGCUUCCAACACUGCCCCAUAUGCAGAGCUUUCGUAUUA